UUACUCCUGUGUUCGUCAGUAGGUUGGUGGGGACGGAAGGUGUGUUUGGAGCGGCACUGUGUAUCUGGCCGGGCAGAUGUGUGUGGGUGUGUUUGGUGUCAGUGCUCGUGCUUGUGGGUGACAAGUGUUUCAAAAGAGGAAGGAAAUCGCUGAGGAUUAUUCAGGAGAAAGAGUGUAUUCGCUUAAAUAAUUUAAAUACAGAUUCCCGUUAGAUCCAGACUUUGCGGGAGCUGCAGAAUCGCUCGGACAAAGAUGGUGCUGGAGAGGUGAGGUCAUGGCGGCCACAGACGGGCAGAUCGCGGUGGCUGCUGCCCGCUGGGCGGACGAGGGUCACUAUCUGCGUGAAUUUGUCGCCAAGCACGAACUGCCAGCCGUGGUGAAGAUCAUCAAAGGCCAGUACGGGGGCCUGGGUGUGCCAACUCUGCCGAGCCCGGGGCUCCAGUCCACGGCGCUGAUCGUCUCUGCGGGGCGCCGACACAAGAUCGCAGCGCAGGCCGUGAAGCUGAAGGAGGGCCGCAGGGUGGCUGCGGUGGGCCCUCGGCUUGCCAUCCCGGAUACAUAUCCAGGCUACUUCGAGCUGCUGAGCGAGGAGGGCCGUGCCGUGAGGUGCAUAGAGGGCGUGUCGGAACUAGCGCGGCGGCGUCUGGAGGCUGGGUGCCUUGUGCGGGACCCGGUGCGGGCUAUUGUGGCGCGCUCUGACGAGGAUGGCGGCAUUACGGCCGACGGGGCACGGACCGUGGCAGCCGGAGAGACGCUUGUGCCCGCUGGUGAGGUGCAGCUGGGCGGUGGGACGAAAGGACGCUACCUGCGGUGCCAGGACUCUCGCGGCGACACGGUGCUGCUUGGAAUGGACCAGCGUGGGCGGUUCAGUGCACUAGCUCGCGAGGAUAACAUCAGCGGGGUGCACACGGCGCGCAACCUGUUAAGCAAGCGCAUGCCUCUCACAGUGCGACUCGUGCACGGAUCACCGCCUCGGGGCCUUAAGUCUCCCAGCCACUUCGUACCCGAGCUACGUCUACUCUCUACUUUCGAGGAGGAGCACGUGUUCGCACUCCCUCUGCAAAAGGAGACGGGAGCCAUAAUCGCGCUGCCAUUGGCCGCGCCACUCAAGCUCCAGCGCACACGCAACGACGAGCAGCUGAAGUCCCUCAAGGAAUUCCAGAGGCUCGUCGACAAGUGUAGCCGCCUCGUAUCCGAUGUGGCGGACAGAAUCCAUGUGCUUGACGGAAAGCUUGGAGACUCCAAAGCAUUGCGCGUGAGCAACCAGAGCUCCGUUAUCAAAACGGGCUACUUCUUGCGGAGAAGUGCCUCUUCGGAUUCGGCCAACCACCACCACCAUCACCACCACCACAGUCACCACAGCCAUAGUUACAGUCACAGCCGGGACGAGAACCGCGUCCCCAGCUCGCACGCGGACGACUAUGACGAGAUUGAUCAGAUCUACGACUAUGUCCGCGGUUUUGCCCCUCUUCCCAAGAACAUCCGAUCACCUUUCGCGGACACGCAGAUCGCAGCACCGAUAGCGCCUCUGGAACCCACCAGUUCCCUUCCAGCCCUUGUGCCAUCCGCUGAUAAUGAGCUAAAGCCUGAGCCUCCUCCCAUCGAGACCAUCCCUACCAAGAAGCUGCAGGCAACACAAAACAAAGCAGAGAAACGCAUGCGCCCAGGAGCCGCCGCGGCGUCUACUAACAAGGAGAAGCCCGCAGCGCCCGUGAAGCUGUACGUGAAGAACGGCAACAGCCAGAGAGGACGCUUGUUUCGCCAUAAGGAGCAGGCUGCCAGCCAGGCAGGAACCGUAACCAAAGCUAGCUCCCCGCUCUUCAACAUUCGGUACAAGUCGCUUAGCAACCUGCAGCAGGCCAUGGAGCUAGAAGGUACACUGGACUCCAGUCACUCCGGUGGCCGCACGUCGGGGGAUUCCGGUGCGGGAGCCAAGUUGCCCGAGAAGAGGUCCCGUAAACUUAGCCGCCCCCGGUCCCUCACAAACCUAGUGUGGGAGCUGCGGGGAGGGCUGGGAGUGCCUCCAGGAACCCAGCACGACUCAGAGCGCAAGUCAAAACCCAGUAAAGUGGAGCCCGGCACCCAGCGCAACAACAGCAACAACAAACUGAUUGUCAGCGGCCAGAAGCGCAUAGGAACCCUCUAUCUGUGAUGCAGUGUCCCUAGCAGCAACAUGGCCGUCUUUCAGAUUGCAAGCUGUUCACGCCCUCUGUCACGUGGCAACGCUGCGGUGCCAAUUGAAGCCUGGUCUGAACCUAAGAAGUGCUGUCACUAUACCAGCAGUCCACAUAAUCGGAUGCAGGCUUCUCCAGAACCUCAGAAACUCUCUCCAUCAGCAUAUGACGCACAAUUAAUUAACUCUGUAAACUAUACCUAUGUUAUGCAACUAUCUAUGGAAUCUGUGAAUCUCUGUAGAAUUCAAGUCUCCACGAAAUCUCUAGAUCUGCAAUAUCCAGAUGUUUCCGGAGUCUGUGAUUUCUCGCAUUUGUCUUUUCUUCUGAGUCUGUGAAUCUGUAACUGUUCCAGUCUCGACUGGAUUUGUGGAUCUCUGGCAUCCAAUUCUCUCCGGAAUCUGUUAUUAUAUAGCAUCCAAAUUCCUGAGGAUUCGUAGAAAUAUAGGAAUCCCCCCUCUUAGUAGUCUGUGAGUUUGUGGCCUCUGACCGUGCCCUUAAUCUGAGCCAGAUGUACAAUAUGAAGUCUUCUGUGAAUCUGUAGCCCCAUCUGAUUCCUCAGAAUCGGAUGACUUCACAAUAUCUGCUUGUCUGUAGUCUGUGGAUCUGUACCGAGCCCUGUACAUAAUCUGUAUGUCUGAAAAAUUAAUGUGAAACGAACACCAUCUACUGAAAUCGUAACGUCUAGCUGUCAAAACUCAGUAAAUCGUCAUUUUUGCGAUACACCGAGACCUAUCAUGUUAGCACAUAGUUCAAAAACAGCUCCAACAGAUGGCGGGGAAUAUCUAAAUGAAUAUCACAAAAGGGUAGCCGUUUUGCUGACUGACUUCCUUGUCAGUAGCUGUGAAAGGGUCAGACGAGUUUACAUAGUUGGUAGAUCUAACGUACGUUUGGGGGCACCCAGUAGCGUAAUUGGUUGAGGCACUGUGUUACAAGCCGGAAGGUGGCGGGUUCGAUUCCCGAUGAGAUCAUC